CUGAUUCCUUUUAUAACAUUUAUUAUUCUUUAGUUGAUCAACCGAACGACGCUUUUACAACUUAAUUCGAUAUGUAAUGCCAGUAAUGAACUGCUGACGGUUAUUUACAUAAAAGAUAAAACUGUUUGUGAAUAUCUGAGCCAAUGCACGUGUUACGGCAACACUCUAUAUGGCUUUCAUCAGUUCGUUUAAUUUAAGCCGUUUUAGGAGACGCGCGUUACUGUCUCCGAUACAUUUCUCCGACAAAGUGAAAUUGAAAAACGUAUACACUGAUAGAUGCAAAAUUCAGAGAAAGGUCCAUAAUAGAAAUCAUCUAGUACAAAUAAGAAUUAUUUCCAGCGUAGAAAAUUAUAAAAAUGCCACAUAGAAUUAGCAUCAUUGCUGUUCCGGAUAAGUUUACCAAAGAGCAUAGAAAAGAUUCAAAUGAAGCGAGCCAAAAGAAAAGGUCUGCGGAUUUCGAGACAGCCAUUGCCGCAGCUGGUUAUGGAAAAUUUCAGUAUCUUCUCCUACUGACGAUUAUUCCAGUAUCAUGGGCAACCAGUAUCGACAGUUCCAGUAUCGCAAUGAUUCUUCCGUCUGCAGAAUGCGAUUUGCAAAUGACAUUCUUUCAGAAGGGUGUGCUAAAUGCCAUCAUAUACAUAGGAAUGAUUUCUAGUGGUUUUCUAUGGGGUUACAUAGCGGAUGCUAAGGGCAGGAGAGCCGUUUUUCUUUAUGGCUGUCUAGCUGAUAGUAUUUGUAACUUCCUGUCAGGGUUUUCACAGAAUUUUUGGAUGCUUGUAUCUUUCAAAUUCCUUAGUGGUUUCAUAAUAAGCGGUCCCCAUGCUUCCAUCGUGGCCUACACUUCCGAAUUUUAUGGAAAAAAAGAAAGAGGAAGAAUUUCAUUGAUCGUCGGUUUUGCCAUUACAUCUGGACAUAUCGUAAGCGCAGUGCUGGCGUUCAUCAUCAUUCCACAACGCUGGUCCAUCGUCCUGUGGGACGGUGCGUUUGUCUACAAUUCCUGGAGACUUUUUCUUUCCGUCUGUGGAAUGCCAAUAUUGAUCGGCGUUAUUUGUCUCUUCCUGUUUCCGGAAAGUCCAAAGUUUCUCAUGUCACAGGGUCACAUGGAGGAUGCGUUGAAAGUUUUCAAGAUGAUUUAUAGCAUCAACACGGGAAAAUCGGCGGAAGAAUAUCCGAUACAAUAUUUAGAAAAUGAACUUCCUAAAGAAGGAAGUGAUAACGACCACGAUGGAAAAAUAGAGAGGAAGGCAAUUUUCUUUAGUCCACAUUUAAAUAGAAUUCUCUUGGUCACGGUCAUGCAAUUUGGUUCAAUGUACACAACCAACACGAUUCGUAUGUGGCAACCUCAACUUUUCACGAUACUAGGAAAUUUCGAUCCAGUGAAUUAUAAUCUAACAGAAGGACAUAAAUCGACAUUUUGCGAGAUCUUGGAUUUCUUCUCUGUCGUAGACGGAACUUCCGCAGCCAUUGAAGAGAACGUGAACUGUACAAACAUUGUCGUGAGUGAGUCUGUUUAUGUGAAUACGAUCGUUGUAACUGCCUUUGGAGGUAUUCUUAUUUUAUUGAGUAGCUUUCUACUCAAUAUUUUGAAUUACAAAAUCUUACUGUAUAUUUCUUAUGGAGUAGCACUUAUAUGCAUAGUUUGUCUGAACUGGUCGUCUGACACAUUACUAACACUAAUUCUGACGAGUUUGUUCAUUGGAUUGACAAACACUACCCUAAAUAUAAUUAUUGCUGCAACCGUCAUUAUGUUUCCAACUUCUCUAAGAGCGAUCGCAGUGAGUCUGGUGAUGUCAGUGGGAAGAAUAGGGUCGGUGGUUGGGAACCUUCUCUUCCCAAUUUUACUGGCUCAAGGAUGCUUGGCACCCAUGAUCCAGUUGGCGUGCUUGAUAUUACUUUGCUCCACUUUAACGUGCUUUCUUCCGUCGACCAAAAAAGCUAAAUAAUAAGAAAUAUGUAAAUCUGUGUUACGAUAUGUAAGCUUCUCUCAAAGAACUUGCUAAUACAGAAGUUUUUACGUACAUACAUAUACUCUAACUACGAAUACUAAAUCGCAUCUCAGAUAGCCUACAGACCUCGUUUUCCAACACUAAACCAAGGAAUUACACGUAUACUCAUCCUUGAAUCAUUCUAACAUGAUCAAAAUUUCCAAAGCGAACCACGAUACCUUUCUUAAGACUCUGAUGACUAUAAUAUUCACAUUAAGAAUAAACAAAUUUUAGAAGGAUCAAAAAUGUAAGAAAAUUCAACAACUCUGAAUAUUUCAAAAAUAAGGAGUAUCGGAUAAUUGAAGAAAGGCAUAAAUAGAUAAAUGAAUGAUAUCAAUAAGACGAAACGUACAAAAUAAGAGGAUAAUAGAAAGAAGGAUCUAUCGAAGCAAGGAAGCACACGUUCGAAGGCGAAUACAGGCAAAAACAACAACGAUGUUUGUUAGACAAUGGAAGGGUGGGAUGUUUCCAGUUGGACACUCUUCACGGUCACAUUUUCAGGAGAAGAUCGAUCUCAGUUUAAAACAAUGAUCGAGCGCGUCGAGGACGAACGCGGCGUUCCUCGCCCAGCGUGAACACGACGCUGCUACGGGGGCCUUGGGUUUCACUUUCGACACAUCCUGGAGAGCCCUCCACGCUACAGCCUUCACCCACAUGCUCGUUCUUCUCGAUCCCCCGCGUACAACGGCUCCGUUCAGCCGGCGUUUCGUGUGGACGCGGCUUUAUCGCGCGCCCGGAAUCUCGACACCUUCGCGCUAGCCACGUUGAUCGAGUAAUUACGCGUGUCCAUAAAACUUACCGCGCGUAUUACAAUGGAAGAAUGGGAGAAAGUCAAGGUAUCGAAUUGAUUGCAACGUGACGUUUUAUUUUGUCACGAGAUGCAGCGAUGAUGCUUGAUAUUUGAUUUUGCUUCUUGCUUCUUCAGUUUACUUAAACGAUAAUCUAUCAGUAAACUGGUGCAUUUAAAUCUCAUGCAUACAUUUUAUGUUUACUAAUAGAUUGCAGAUAGUAGUGUAGGAUUACAUUUUUGCGAAGAAUUUUGUUACAAUUAAAGAAACAGAAUGUAAGAGAAGAUUUGCUUCAAUAAAUAUAAUAAAUACUGUAUUUUAGAUAUUUUAUAUAUUUUUGUAUAGUACUGUACGUAUUUCGUGUAUUUUUGAACAAUGUAAUUUGCCAGAAAUGCUUAAGAAAUUAUGUCUAUGUUAAUGCAUGAGUUGUAUCAUUAGUUUGAUCACAAGAAUUACUAGAGAAUUUCAUAUAAUACACUUUUGUAAUUCGAUGUUAUUUGUAUUUACUAGUUCAAUUAAUACGUUACAGUUACGAUCUUUGUAGCAUAAAAUAAAAAGAAUAUUUUAAAGGAUAA